AUGAACCGGAAAUCCUCUCAGACGACUAGUAUGGCAUCCAGUGUGCACAUUACAACCCUACCAGCGGUUAAGAUGAUCAUGCACGCAGCAAAGCACCCGGAAUCAGCCGUGAACGGUUUGCUGCUCUGCAAUCAAAGUGAUGUCAUCAAACUGACUAUCACGGACUACGUGCCCCUGUUUCAUUGUGCGCUAACGCUGACGCCAAUGCUGGAGGCAGCCUUGUAUCAAGUCGAGGCCUAUUGUGACUCAGAAAACCUCCGAAUAUGUGGGUAUUUUCAAGCGAACGAACACAUAAGCGAUAAAGAGCCAACUACUUUUGCUUACAAAAUUGCUGAGAAACUUAAUGAGAAGUCGGGUCCCGCCUGUUUAAUCAUGCUACGAAACGACCGAUUGUAUCCACCAUCCAGUGAGCACUUCAUAGUUCACACAAACGCACAGGGCAAAUGGCAAGAAUUAAAACACACCGUCUCCUCAGAGGUUCCACACUCAUUAACGCAAGCGUUCCGAUCCAAGUUGUUCCAAGCGAUGUACGAUUUUGACGACCAUUUGGACGAUAUAAAUUGUGACUACUUGAAUGCCGAGCUCUCUAAAUGUAUUUUCGUCGAUCACUGUGAUUAA